AUGGCGGACGAUGAGGAUGCUCCUCGAAGCCGGAGCUAUUCCAGGAUGAACAGUGGUGCCAGUGGUUCGAUGGGACUGGGUGCUGGUGCAGCUGAUCUGAAGCAGAGAAUGGUGAAACUGGAUGGUGAAUUCAAAGGAUUGCGUGCGCAAGUGACCCAGAUCUGGCGCCUCCUGGAUGCCAACGGCGUCAAGGUGCCCAAAGACGACGCGGAGAUGCGAAAUGCCUUGCAAGAGGAGCGACGCUUGCGGCUUCAAGAGACUCAAGGACUCCGAGAAGAAAUGCAGAGACAAAAGCAGGAGAUGAGGAAGCAGCAACAGGAACUCCAGCAAUUUGCCAAGGAACUGCAGCGUCACGCCAAAGAGCUCCACCUGCAGUCAAAGUUGGGCUUGGACCACACGCGGCAUGCCACCACUGUGCAGGCCGUGAGCGACGACCUCUUCCAGUUCAAACGGCAGAUUUAUGACAGCGGCGUGCUGCUUCCCAAGUUGCCGGAGGUGGAGGAAGCGCCGGAGCCGCCCGUGGGCGCAUUGGAUCUGGGGGAAGACGUGUACAGCGCUCGGCUUUUUAUCAGGUUGGGCUUCAUGAAGGCAAACAAAGAUGCGCGGAAGAUCUUGCUGUCAGAGGGCGCACCGGCUUUGGAGUACUCGACGGACGAGGAAUUCAGCUUCGGCGAGGACCAGGAGGAGUUGGUCUUGGGUCUUCAGCCCAUCGAAAUGCGAAAAGGAGACCCGGGCUACUGGCAGAUCACCACAGGCUGGUUCUUGGUGGUACUCUUUACCCAGUUCCUGCAGUUCGUGGCUCUCUGUAACCUACUGGGCUAUGCCAUCUCCCAGGGCGAUUCGUGCUUGACAAAGGAGUUGUCAGGAACGAAGUGGUGGAUGUUACAUCUUUCCAAGGCCGCUGGGAUGUUGGCGGUGGGUGCGCUGAUGGCCGGAAGGAUUAUGGACACCGUGAACUUUUUGAUGGUGGAGGUGCUCAUUGAGAAAGGCACUAGCAUCGAGGCACUCUUCUUUGCCGUUUUCAGAUUGGUGGAGAUUGUGAUGAUCAUCUUCUGCAACCUGGCCAUUUUCAUCACCUCAAAGACCCCUGACGGUGUAUGGCUGUCCAUCACUGCCAUUACUUUUGUGGCGGACCUGCCGGAGAGUGUCGUGGCCAUGGGAAAAUCCGGGGUCCUGGGGCAUCACAUCUGUAAGCAAAUCACAGAGAUGCAAUUCACGAUCUGCCUUGGCGCGGAGUAUCCCUGGUGGUUCAAACCUGUGCGCUACAUCACCCACGUGAUCAUGUUUGGCACCAUUGGGGCAGGGGCUUGCUACGCUUUCAUUGUGCCAAUGCAGAUCUGUCCCGAAGAUUUCGAAAAACCUCACAACAUCUUCCUGGAGUGGUUCCAGUGA